GCGGUAAAACGCUUGACUCGCAAUCUAACUGUCCAAGGUUCCCAUAGUUCCUAAUUUUUGUUCUUUUUUCUUUUUAAUGAUAAUUUGUUUUUUUUUGAAUAACUAUUACAACUGAGCUAUAAUCAUUGCAUUUAUUAAUAAUUAAUUACAUGUGCUGCAGUUUUUAUAGAAUUUAAGUUAUUUUUUCUAUCCAAUACGUACAUUAACAUCCUUACACACACACGCGCGGGCGUGUAAAUAUGAAUUAUAAAUUUGCAUGUAGUAUAAAUGAAUGUAACUAAAUAAAUAUAAUUAAAUAAAUUGAACUUGUAAAAACAAAUAAUAACAAAUAAACGCGUGUAAAUUUCGAAUGCGGUAAGGAUGUUAAUAUACGUAUUGGAUAGAAAAGAUAACUUAAUUCUAUCAAAAUUGCAGCACAUGUAUUAGUUAAUUAUUAAUAAAUGCAAUGAUUAUAGCACAGUUGUAAUAGUUAUUCAAAAAAAGACAAAUUAUCAUUAAAAAGAAAAAAGGAAAAAAAAUUGCGAACUAUGGACUUGAAUCGUGGACAGUUAGAAUUGCGAAUCAAGCGUUUUACCGUGGAGCUAACCAUUUCCCUCUGCCCCCAAAAUGUGGUGUGGGCGUGUUCAGGACGACUAGCUCUACAAGGUGGCAAAGUUUCAUUAAUAAGUGAGCGUAACACUUGGGUAGUUCCCCUCGUCAGUUUCGAUACGUCAUAUGGGAUAUGUUGCCAUCGGUGCACAUUUUUAGAUUUUACAAUGUAUAAAGUUCAAAGUAUAAAGGCGCUCGAUGGCUUUGUAGAUAUCAUUCAUAUUAUAUCAAAACAUUAUUCAAAUUGUAAAUUUGAAAAAAGACGUCGUGACGUCAAGUUUAAAGUGAUGGCUGAAAUGUUAAAAAAACUAUCUUCUGCUGCAUGUCACUUAAAAUCUACGGUAAAAUAUGUUGGUAGUACACAAGCAGCUCCGUUGCAGCAAGCUGCUUUAGAAGAACGUUGCAUCUUGGUUGAUGCAUUAGAUAAACCUCUUGGUAAAGCAACAAAACGAGACUGUCAUACAGUUAAUUCUGAUGGCCAAGUUCUUCUUCAUAGAGCGUUUAGUGUUUUCUUGUUUAAUGGAAAAGGAGAAUUGUUACUUCAAAAGCGAUCUGCCAAUAAGAUAACAUUUCCAAACCAUUACACAAACACGUGUUGUAGUCAUCCAUUGGCUGAAAUUCCUGAAGAAACAGAAGAGCAUGAAGCAAUUGGAAUACGUAGAGCAGCACAAAGAAGACUUAAUUAUGAAUUAGGAAUCCCCUUGUCUCAAAUUCUUUUAUCAGAUUUUCUGUAUCUAACAAGAAUUCAUUAUCAUGCAGUGAAUGGAUACUGGGGUGAACAUGAAAUAGAUUAUGUGCUAUUUAUGCAGAAGGAUAAUAUUAUAUUAAAUCCAAAUUCAGAUGAAAUUAGUGAACUUCGUUGGGUGUCACAAUCUGAAAUUAAUGACUUUGUGAAAAAUCUUAAUUCUCCGUUGAGUCCUUGGUUUGAAUUAAUUCUUAAAAAUAAAUUGCCACUUUGGUGGAAUAAUUUACACGCACUGGAAAAAAUGCAAGAUCAUAAUACGAUUCAAAGAUUUGUAUAACAUUUUUAUAAACUGAAAAUAGAUAUAAUAAAGUUAAAUCAAGGUUUUAUGUUUAAGUAA